AUGACUCACCUGCAGGCUGGCCUCUCUCCGGAGACCCUGGAGAAGGCCAAGGUGGAGCUGAAGGAGAACCCGGAGACUCUGCACCAGGACAUCCAGGAGGUCCGGGACAUGAUCAUCACCCGGCCGGACAUCGGCUUCCUCAGGACGGACGACGCGUUCAUCCUCAGGUUCCUGCGGGCGCGGAAGUUCAACCACUUCGAGGCGUUCCGGCUGCUGGCUCAGUACUUCGAGUACCGGCAGCAGAACCUGGACAUGUUCAAGAACCUGAAAGCCACGGACCCGGGCAUCAAGCAGGCCCUGAAGGACGGGUUCCCCGGGGUGCUGUCCAACCUGGACCGAUACGGCAGGAAAAUAAUGGUCCUGUUCGCAGCCAACUGGGACCAGAGCAGAUACACGUUUGUGGACAUUCUGAGGGCGAUCCUGCUGUCGCUGGAAUCUAUGAUCGAGGAUCCAGAGCUGCAGGUCAACGGCUUCAUCCUCACCAUCGACUGGAGUAACUUCACCUUCAAGCAGGCGUCCAAGCUGACUCCCAGCAUGUUGCGUCUGGCCAUCGAGGGGCUGCAGGACAGUUUUCCUGCCCGAUUUGGAGGAAUCCACUUUGUGAACCAGCCGUGGUACAUCCACGCUCUGUACACGGUCAUCAGACCCUUCCUCAAAGACAAGACCAGGAAGAGGAUCUUCAUGCACGGCAACAACCUGAACAGCCUCCAUCUGCUGAUCCACCCUGAGAUCCUGCCGUCGGAGCUCGGCGGUAUGAUGCCGCCGUACGAUAUGGGCACGUGGGCGCGAGCGCUGCUGGACCACGCCUACGACGAGGAGACGGACUACUGCCCGGAGUCCUACACCCUGUCGGUGCAAGACCUGGAGAGAGACCUGGAGAAGAACCUGUCCCCGAAAACCAUGAAGAGGUCUCAGUCGGUGGUGGAGCCCGGCGUCCUGAAGCGACCGGACAAGGUGAAGAGCGGAGAGGACAACAUGCAGCCGCUGCUCUCGCUGGACUAA